UCUCUUCUUCUCUCCCCCGUCCUGGUCGUCUCCAUCUCCUUCGUCGGCCUCCCCCGAUGGCUUGAAAAACGAGGCGUGCGUGAACCUCGCAGAAUCCCAUCCGAGGAAAAGACCGAGGAAAAUUCCCGAGGAGACUCUAAAGAGAGCCAACUCGCGUGGAUAUUUCCCUUUUUCGGAGAAAUUUCGGUUGGAGAGAAGGACCGCUUUAAGGAUUUAUAUGAUGGAACAUGGUACUGCAGCUGGUGGCACCGCAGAAUACUCUUCGGAAUCCAAUGCAAGACUCCGAAGAGUCCAAUCUGGACCUUCCGGUCACCCCCGACUUUUCCAAUGGCGAGUACUAUUCGUACAAUAACAUCACUGGACAUAGUAAUGGGUUCAAAGGCAGAAGCUCCGAUAUCCGUGGUAUCAAGUCAAACUAUCUCGGAAGGGGUUUCAAUAGUUCAGGAAGCUUACGCAGCGAAGCUGCAAGUUUUCAAGGUCAAUAUCUGCCAUCGACGUCGAACGAAGAGAAGAAACACGUUUUCAGAUGCUUCAUCUCUAUAAUCAUGUCCUGUAUAUACGCAGUGUUCUUAGUAACUCUGGGCAUAGUCAUUUACGUCGCCGAUAUACUAACCGUGAACUCGUCUCUAGCUGCCACCUUCAAUCUGUACCUCGUGCUCGUCGGAUUUACCUACCUUGGUUACUUGUUCGUCGACAUCCGUCGACAGGUCGGCAAGGCGAAGCACCGCCUGGAAGCUACGACGAAUUACGAUAAGGAAGACGGAACUUCGACGAUCGGUUUGGACGUCAGCAGUGCUCCAGUUCCGCAUCACGGUUUCUGCUUCGCUUUAGGAAGACAUGCAGGCAGUUUCUACCUAAAAGUUGGAGCUGCCGUCUUCUGCUUCGGUCACUUGAUCCACAGUGGACUGUUGUUGGUGUACGAGGUAGUGUUUCUGACAUCCGAAGAGUUCUACGAGUGCUUCAGUCCCGCUGCUUUGGUCUUCGAUGCCAUCUAUCCUAUUUAUUCGUUCUUCCAGCUGUUCUUCAUUUUCAAGUACUCCAACGUGAUCAUAAAUCAUUGCAAGGUAAUAGCUAGAAUGCUAGUUAUGCACACUAUAGCUUCCAGUCUCUGUUUUUGGGUUUGGGCGAUUGUCAGAGAAAGCACAGACUCCUUGUCGAGGCAUGCAAACGCUGCCGAUAAGGAAGACGGAGCUGAGGAUUCCGCCGAAGUUGCAGCCCUCGUCUCUUCGGAUGGAAGUGCAUCCGUCGCUUUACCUUUAACUUCUUAUCAGGAACGAGGAGCCCGAGAUUUGCUCAAAUUCCUCAACGGAAGUCACUUAGACCACGAUUGUCAACAUACCGAACUCAACGUCAUCUACGAGUGGUUCUCACCUUACUUGUAUCCAUUCACUAUCGAGUACAGUAUAUUGAUCGUUGGGGUUUUUUAUAUCAUGUGGAAUAAUAUCGGAAACUGUAGAAGAGGUGGCGGGAGUUCCAUGGAGGGAUCCCCUUGUCCACCAUUGACUGGACCACAGGCAGGAAGCAAUAUCAUUUUACAUGCCGAUUGUUCUCACGCAAACAGAGGCCUCUUUGGCGGCAUCCUGAUCCUGGUAGGAUCUAUAGUGUCGAUUAUUAUCUUCUUCAUCGUCGUCGCCGAUCAGCAGUACGUUGAGAUCGGGAUUUUUGCAAAUCAAAUCACGGAGCUGAUCCUGCUCUCCGUGAUGACAUCAUCGGCGAUUCUUGCUUACCGGCAGAUUACGAAAUUGGACGUGAAUCGCCACGCGAUAUCCCUUCUCGAUGAUAUUCUCCUCUUCGUCGCCAUUCCUGCCUUUUUCCUCUACGCGAUCUUCAGUAUUAUUCCGGCGACGCAGAAACACGAUAUCCUGAAAAUAUCCAGCGUCAUUCUUGGAGUGAUCCAAGUCUUGAUUCAGACGCCUCUGAUAAUAGAAGGUCUGAGAAGGUGCUCAAACUCGAAGAGACUUCGAGACGAGAGACCAGGACGGGAACUAGUGACAUUUUUGGUAAUUUGCAAUGUCGCUCUGUGGAUCAUUGAGACAUUCGAGAUCAAAUCCACUGACACGACGGAUUAUAGAUACGAAUUUUACGGAAAGGUACUUUGGACUAUCCUGAAGCACAUGACGGUACCUCUGACGAUGUUCUACAGGUUCCACAGCUCCGUGUGUCUAGUCGACAUAUGGAAGAGCGCUUACGAGCCUGAAGAGCCUCAACGUUGAUUGAUCGUAUCAGCGACCUAGUUAAAUUAAUAUGAUAAAGAUUAAUAGUUGUUGAGUUAGAACCUAGUAACGCAGUUAGUUAGAUAUCGAGUUGAAGUAUCCAAGUAUCUCGCAUCUAAAACGUGACCAUGCAUGGUGAACUUUUCUGACAAGUCUGAUUAUUGUAAAGUUGAAUA